GUUGGGGGGAAAUUUCCGAACUCCGGGAAGCGGUCGUGGGAGAGGCGGGCCACUGGCGUGCGCGGCGCCGGGGGCCGCGAUCGGCUCGCCAUGUCGCGGCGCAAACAGGCCAAGCCCCAGCACCUGAACUCGGAGGGGCCGCAGCCCGCGCGCCCGGGGGUCGCCGACGCUGCCCCCGAGGGGGGGGGGGAACCAGCUUCAGAAUUAGAUAAUGAUCCCAAACCAACUUGUCCCGCCGUGGAUGGCAGUGAUGCUCAGAAAAUCCCUGCCAUGGCCCUUGCCCCAGAGUCGAAGGACCAAACUGUGAUGCUUGGAGAAAGGACCUUCAACUGUUGCUAUCCAGGUUGCCACUUCAAAACUGUUCAUGGCAUGAAAGAUCUGGACCGCCAUCUGAGAAUCCACACAGGAGACAAACCACACAAGUGUGAGUUCUGUGACAAGUGCUUCAGCCGGAAGGACAACCUGACCAUGCACAUGCGUUGCCACACCAGCGUGAAGCCCCACAAGUGUCACCUGUGUGACUACGCCGCCGUGGACAGCAGCAGCCUCAAGAAGCACCUGCGGAUACACUCGGACGAGCGGCCGUACAAAUGCCAGCUCUGCCCCUACGCCAGCCGCAACUCCAGCCAGCUCACCGUGCACCUGCGGUCCCACACAGGGGACACCCCCUUCCAGUGCUGGCUCUGUAGCGCCAAGUUCAAAAUCAGCUCGGACUUGAAAAGGCACAUGAUCGUGCACUCGGGGGAGAAGCCUUUCAAGUGCGAGUUCUGUGACGUCCGCUGCACCAUGAAAGCCAACCUCAAGUCGCACAUCCGCAUCAAGCACACGUUCAAGUGCCUGCACUGCUCCUUCCAGGGCCGGGACCGGGCCGACCUCCUGGAGCACAGCCGGCUGCACCAGGCCGACCACCCCGAGAAGUGUCCCGAGUGCAGCUACUCGUGCUCCAGCGCGGCCGCCCUGCGCGUGCACAGCAGGGUCCAUUGCAAAGACCGCCCGUUCAAGUGUGACUUCUGCAGCUUUGACACGAAGCGGCCCAGCAGCCUGGCCAAGCACAUUGACAAGGUGCACAGGGACGAGACCAAAACGGAGAACCGGGCCCCGCAGGGCAAGGAGGGGCCCCGAGGGAGCAGCUCCCAGCACGUGGCCAAGAUAGUGACCCAGAGGGCCUUCCGCUGUGAGACCUGCGGCGCCUCCUUCGUCAGGGAUGACUCUCUGAGAUGCCAUAAGAAGCAGCACAACGACCAGAGUGAGAACAAGAACUCGGACUUGGUCACCUUCCCGCCCGAAAGCAGUGCCUCGGGGCAGCUCGGCCCCCUGGUCUCCACGGGGCAGCUUGAGACGCCCCUGGAGCCCAGCCAGUGCCUCUAGUUCAGCCAAAGAGGGUGGUCAGCUGUCUGGAUUCCAGGCAAAUGCCCUCCGAGUUGAGGCCGUCAAGCCAGACUUGAGCUGCCAGCUCCGGGGACGGCUGCCCCAACUUUCCAGGCCCUCAAGGCAGUGGCCGCAGUCGCUGGCAUGAGAACCAAGGCCAAAGCAUCAGUGUGGAGACUGCCCUCCACGUUGCCGUCUAACCUCCGAGCGUCGUCUAAGCAAGAGGACCCAGGCGUCCCGAGGUGUGGGGGGGGGGGGGGGUCCAUCACGCACGGCUCUAUCCAGUAGGGAUGGUUUCGUGAUGGUUUCUGAUCCUAAAACGAAUCCAUCUGUGAUGGGAUUAUUAAACUACUUAGACGACAUGGAAAACCAAACUGAUGCAAACAGUGGGGAAGGUUAGGAGGACAGCGGGGUAUGUGGGGGGCCUGGGGCGGCUGGAAAAGUUCUGUUUCUUAACCUGGGUGGCGGUGAUGAGUGUUCGCCUUAUGCGCUCGUGUGGUUCCUUUUAGCGUUGUCUUCUAAUAAACAGGCAGACUCCUCUGUGGGAUGACAUAAGAGGGACGCUCCAUUUUUGUCUUUACGCCCUUGCAGUAGAGUGGUUAUGGCAUGGGGUGCCCCAGCCCCAGCCCCAGCCCGUUGGGUAACGCAUUCUGAAUGCACACGGGCUUUCUCCAGGUCUCUGCUUCAGGGAAGUGAAAUGCAGUUGGAUCUGUAGGUGGCACCAAAGAUCAAGCUAACACUCCCUGCGCCUGCCAUACGCAUUGCGAAACUCCGCUUCCGUGCUUCUUGAAGAAAAGACUAGGGGCCCAGUGGGGCCCCAGCUUGGUUCUGGGACACGUGAUGCAUGAGAUGGCCGGAGCUUAGAGUCUCCUCCCAGUAAGCACUUGGUAUUUGCUGCGCCAACAAGUGGAAACCCCACCCUCUUGUAGAUGGACAUUUUGCUUGGCCGAAACUUCGGAGGGCUCUGGAAAGGCCAGUGGAUAUGUAAUUGAUCCAAAGCUGUUUUGUUCUUUGACACCUUUCCUCACAUCCGGUCUUUGUGCCCUCGUCAAGUUAGACGUCUGUGCUUUUAAAACCAAUUAAGUCGAUCCAUUGUUUUUGGUAAACUAGGAAAAAAGGACGUGAAAAUUUUUAUAGAUUGUUUACAGGGGAAUAAAUGGUUUACUUACGAAACAGCAAGAGGUAUGUAGCUUACUUUGCUAUGCGUUCUGUUGUUUGAACGUAUCUGAUUGAGGUGUGGCAUCAGGUGAAUGAUAAAACCCCGUCGGACCUCUUUGUUGCCAGAAGAAAAGAUGAUAAGUGAUGGAAACGCGUGAUAGAAUUAAUCCUUGCUUUGCAACUGUGGUUUUCCACUGUUCAAGGGAGUGUUUGGUUACCGAAUGCCAGUGCAUUGUACUGAUGCUGUUGUCACAUUUCUCCUGUUUGUCACGAGUCUUAUCUGUGUUUCUGUUCUAGUAGCAGGGGGCUGUUGACCUUUCAAGUGGGAACCCACAGAUCGAAAUCAUAAACGUUCCUCGAACUUUUGGUAUCACAGCUCUUCAGAUAAACAGGAACAGCCUUUUUGAGAAGGCCGAUUUUCCCCCCCAUUUUGUAUGGACUUUCAGAGGUCCAAGAUCCACCCUGGGUAUCAUCCAGCAAUUUGGAUUCCCUAUAGGGCAGAGGUCAGCAAAGACUUCCGGACCAGACGGUAAAUAUUGGAGGCACCGUGGGGCCACCAGGUCUCCCUUGUGACGAAACUCUGGUUUUAGCACAAAAGCAGCCAUAGACUCUAAGAAAAAGAAUGAACUUGUCUGUGUUCUAAUAAAACUUCAUAACAUAGGGGCGCCUGGCUGGCCCAGUUGGAAGAUCAUGUGACUCUUAGUCUCAAGGGUCGGGGGUUUGAGCCCCAUGGGGGGGUGUCGAGAUUAUUUAAAUAAAACUUUAAAAAAGCAGCUUGAUAAGAUAAUUCAGGAGGUGGGAGAGUAAACUGGCUAUCCCUUGCAGGAUGAGACUUCAAGCAGACAGUCAAUGCCAAAACUACGGGAAACCGCCAUGACGGUGCAGACCAGUAAAGCCAAGUUUCUGUGCCUCGGUUUGCAAAGUCCCUGUUGGUCUGAAGGGGGGAAUUGAGCGUGUUGGCAGUUUGACUUCACCUGGACUAGGAGUUGG